GAUCCCCAGAUUCUACUCACGAUGUGAYUGGUCUCUCGGGAGAGACCCUCCAUCUACGGCCUUCUAACACACAGAUGGAGAAAACUUCUGUUCAAUGGAAGAUGGAGCUAUUCUCACAUCCAGGAACUUAUGUGAUACUGACUUGGAGGAAUCAUUCCACUCCGACAUAUGGAGAUUUAGCUCUUAAACAUUUCAACAAUACACUUGAUUUUAAAUUUGAGAACUUGACCCUUCUCAUCAAGGCCGCUAAGCCACAGGACAGUGGUUAUUAUAAACUGGAGGUGACCAAUCAGUCUGGAAAUGUGCAUGUGGUCCAGUUCAAGGUAUUAGUAUUUGAUCAUGUUGGGAAGCCUCUUCUGAAGGAGCAGUGGAAGGCCCUGGAUGAAAGGAAAUGCCAAGUGGUGCUGUCCUGCUUGGUAUCCGGGGACAGCAAUGUGACCUACACUUGGUACAGAGACAAUGAAUUGAUCUUGGAGCCUGAGAACUUUACCCAUCUGGAGGUGCUGGUUGAUCCCAAUGACCAGAACACAUAUACCUGCAAUGUUAGCAACCYUGUCAGUUGGGCAAGCCAAACCCUCAGCCUCACCCAGGGAUGUCUACGUGUCCCCCUGAGAUCCAGAAUUCUGCCCUUUAUGGUGAUUGUCAUUAUUCUGGCCAUACUGUUUAUUGUCACUUUCACUUGCUUCUGUGUGAGGAAGAGAAAGAGAAAGCAGUCACAGACCAGCCCAGAGACACUUCUGACAAUUUAUGAAGAUGUCAAAAACCCACAGAUGAGGAGGAAUGAACAGCAGGAAGUCCCUGAAGAAGGAUUCACCAUUUACUCUGUGAUCCAGUCCCAGCCUUCUUCUUCCACAUCAAAAGAAACUACAAAUACGUUGUAUUCAGUUAUACAGCCUUCCCGGAAGUCCAGAUGCAAGGAGAGGAACCAUGACCCUUCCGUCAAUAGCUCCAUCUAUGAAGAGGUUGGAGCAAGAGAGUCCAGAGCCCGUAACCCUGCCCGGCUGAGCCGCAAAGAGCUGGACAACUUUGAUAUUUAUUCCUAAAUGCURUAGCUCUUUAGACCUUUCUUCCAUAUCCGCUUUGGUGCUGGGAAUCAGCGGAAUAGAUGUUGCCACACACAAGAGUUUUUUUUUUUUUUAAGAGUUCC